CGGGCCGGGGCGCACUUGCCAGCCGUGCGCUCGCCGGGUGGCCCCAGCCUCCCGGUGCCCGCCGCGUCCGCACCCCUCGCUCCUUUCGUGGAUAACUAGCUAGCUGCUCGCCGACCGAACCAUGACUCUGGAGGAAAUCCGCGGCCAAGACACGGUUCCCGAAAGCACCGCCAGGAUGCAGGGCGCCGGGAAAGCGCUGCACGAGCUGCUGCUGUCGGCACAGCGCCAGGGCUGUCUUACCGCCGGCGUCUAUGAGUCCGCCAAAGUCCUGAACGUGGACCCCGACAACGUGACCUUCUGCGUGCUGGCCGCCGACGAGGAGGACGAGGGCGACAUCGCGCUGCAGAUCCACUUUACGCUGAUCCAGGCGUUCUGCUGCGAGAACGACAUCGACAUCGUGCGCGUGGGCGACGUACAGCGGCUGGCGGCGAUCGUGGGCGCGGGCGACGAGGAGGCCGCGUCGGGAGACCUACACUGCAUCCUCAUUUCGAACCCCAAUGAGGACGCGUGGAAGGACCCCGCCUUGGAGAAGCUCAGCCUGUUCUGCGAGGAGAGCCGCAGUGUCAACGACUGGGUGCCCAGUAUCACCCUCCCCGAGUGACAGCCCGGAGGGGGCCUUGGUCUGAUCGACGUGGUGACGUCCCGGGGCGCCUAGCGCGCGGCUGGCUCUGUGGACGCGCCCUCGGAGGUGGGGCGCCGGUCCGGAGCGCUGCGUGGAGAGCUGCGAGGAGGGGCGGUCCCCUGCAGGAGGGGCCCGGCGGCGGCGGCGGCGGCGGCGGCGGCGGCGGCGGCGGCGGCGGCGGCAGGGGCAAGUCUGGCCCCCAGCCCGGGACUCUGCGAGUGUGGGGAGCGGCCGCUUGCCCGGGAAGGCCGGAGGCGGGCCGUGGGCCACGGGGCCGGGAAGGACGCACCGGCCUGGCAGGCGUGACUCAGCAGCCUGCGCGCUCUCGACAGGAAGGAGGGGAAAGGCCAGGCGGGCGAGGCCUGGACGACAGUUGCAGGAGCUCCGUGGGACUGAGCAGCACCGCUGUGCACCAGCGGCCGGGCGAUGCUCGGGUUUCGGAAGGAUUAUGCUGCUGCACCUUUGAGUUUUUGACAAUAAAUUUACUGAAACAAA